UGUCUCGCGUCUCGCGAAUCAACGUCGUCACGAACUCGCGGUUCGCUCUGUGCGCGCGUAGAGAGCAUAAUAAAGCAUCGACUACUGUGUUCCUUCCACUGCAGUCUGCGUUUGGCGGUAUCCCGGUUUAUAUCGCGUGCGCGUAUCAAAACGUUAGAAGUGUUCUCGAGUCGAUACAGACGGUGCUAAUUCUAUCCCUUCUAUCCUCAUAGCGACUUCCCAAGCGUAUCAACCAAGAUAAAUAAAGCACCUGCCCUGUUCCAACAUUGUUGUCCGGUGUGUGGGGGAGUAAAGUCGCCGCAGUCCCUCGCUUAGUUUGUUCAGUCUCAGUUGGGCCCAUAAUCUGAGCCGUUUCGGUGUCGCGAUAUCCGUCCUCUGCGCCAAAUUGGAUCUAAUUCGAUAAUUUAAAGACAGUGGUGGUGGAUAACGUUGUGCGUAGUCUCGGAUGUGCCACUAGAGGAGAACCGUAGCGGCAAAAUAGUGCGAUUGAUAUCGUUCCUCUGUGUUUCCUGCUGGAUUAAGAAGCUGAGAUCUUGUUCGCGACAGAAGGAACGAUGGCCAGCUAUUAUGAGAUUUUCCUCAUCUGUGGCAUCAUACUGAUGCCCAUCUUCUACGAAACCUCGCACAAAUUUCGAUACUUUUUCAAAUUUUUCAUAUACUAUUUUGUGCUGAUGAUCAACUCGAUUAUUCUGAUCCCGGCUAUGAUGUUCCGAGCGAAGGAUGUCCGCAAUUUGAUAUGGGCAGGAACCUUCUGCCGGCCGAUAUCGACAGUGCUCGGAAUUAAGUGGGAGCUGCGUGGAGCCGAUAUCUUGUCGCGAGAUGAGGCAUACGUAAUCGUUGCCAACCAUCAGAGUUCAUUGGACAUUUUGGGAAUGUUCGACUUCUGGCACGUCAUGAACAAAUGCACCGUCAUUGCCAAAAAGGAACUACUCUACACGGGUCCAUUCGGCGUGGCAGCCUGGCUCAGCGGUCUGAUCUUCAUCGACCGGAAGAACGCCGAGAAGGCGCACGUAGCCAUGAACGAGUGCACCGAUAUGCUGAAGGAAAAGCGUAUCAAGCUGUGGGUCUUCCCGGAGGGCACCCGCCGUAACACCAACGAAAUCCACCCGUUCAAAAAGGGGGCCUUCCACACGGCCGUCCGAUCGCAGCUACCGAUCAUGCCGGUCGUCUACAGCUCGUACGGGUCGUUCCUGGACGAUAAGGCCAAAAUUCUGAACAACGGUCACGUCAUCGUUACCACUCUGGAACCGAUCGAAACCAAGGGCCUAACCAGCGACGACAUCCCGGAACUGAUGGAACGGGUAAGGAAUGUGAUGAUGGACACAUUCAAGGCUACCACCAAAGAGGUGGAGAACAAGUACAGUGUCAACAGUACCAAAAAUGGCGGCGUUGGACUCAGUGGAUCCAAACUGAGGCUACGCUGCAUCGAUGAUCUCAUCAAACCAAAGCUAGCAUCUAGUCGUCGCUUGAAUGCUUCUGCCAAUGGUUCUCCGACGAAGGAGAGCGCCGUCUAUCGGCGAAAGGAGUGAACGAGCGGUGUGAUACAGAUAUUGAGAUUUUGUAUUUCUUGGCUGCGAAAGCGUUCCCUCUAAGAGUGGAACGAGUUGGAGUAUUCAAAGGUGAAAUCACCUCAAACAGAGAAUGCAACUGUAUGAUAAGUAGAAAAAGAGAUGUCGGAAUACUUUGAUAUUUUGUUGAAUUCCAUAUUUAUUACUGUAUUUUUGUACAUUUUUGUUAUUUAAAAAAAUAUUACCUUAAGUAGUACUGCUCAGAAAUAGAAAGCUUGCUUUUGUGGGACAUAUUUUAACCAUUCCAAUAUACCGGUAGAAUGCAGUAUUCGCCAUAGAACAGCAAGACUUUCGUUGUAACUCCUGCCAUAUACCGUUAAUAGUCGACGACUCAGUAAACACUAAACCAGCAACGACUCUAAUGACGUUCGGAAUUGUUUUGUUCAUUUUACUUUUAUUUUAAAUCUACCAGGUGUAGAGCUGAUCAAUGUUACGAAAAAUAGUCAAACGAAUGGUGUCAAUUAGUUCGAGUGUAUGUUUUAAAUUACGAAUGAAGUUCCAGAGCGAUGGUGGCCAAAGAAAUCGAAGUUUGUAACCAAAAGUUCACCGCUUUCUGACUAAAAGUGAGCAACACUAAUAUUCAGGCUAGAAUAAGAAACCAAACGAAAAAGUUAUCUAAUGCCAAAAUUAUCAUUUUAGGGAAGUAACAAAUUUGUUGGUAAUCAAAAGUGAAACCGAACGGGAUAUGAAAUGCAAUUUUUUAAACUAAUUUGUAGUAUUCUUAUAUCGUGUCAGUUAUUGUACAACGUAGGUGCAGCUGUGCCAUUAAAAUUCUUUUUUUAAGAAGCAUUUAGUUUUAAAAUUUUAAAACUUGUCGAAAAAUGGAAACCAAACUAAAAAAUAUUCAAGUGAGAAAUUGUGUAUCGUUUUAUAGAAACAUUGUGUUUUAUAUUAAUGAAUUAAGUGCCCUAUUAGAACGUAUAGUUUGUAUGAUAAACUGAGCAGAGGCAUCCAUGUGCUUUGUAUUAUAAUCCCACACAGAAAGAUAUAAUAAACUGCAAUUCUUCAUCAAA